UAUUAGUGUCAUUCAUGGGCCGUUUUCGUUUAUUGGCUGUGAAAGAGGUUCAACCUAAAACAUUUAGCUUUAGUAGUGACGCUCGCAGAACGUUUAGACAAGUGUCACGAAAUGCUUCUGGAGCAUCACUUGAACCUCUGGAAGGAGAAGUCGUCUUCUUUGGGUGUGACGUGGAGGGAACUGUUGUGUCUGUAGCCAGUCUCUUGUUGGACCAUCCCAAACCUGAAAUGUGGGAUGAAGACGAGCAAAGUGUGAAUGACAUUUGCAGUGAAGACUGGGACGCAGAGACUUGCACAACUGUGGCAGAAUGGGAUUGUUGUUCAGCUAACAAAUUGUCAUUCCUAUUCGUCUUGCCACGUCACCAGAGGAGAGGAUAUGGAAGACAGCUGAUGGACUUUGUAGAAAGCUACGCGUGGGCAAGGUCUGAUCGUCCAAUUAAACUGGAAAGCUCUCGAAGAGGACUCGAUUUCUUCACUCAAUUAGGAUAUAUUCCAGUGGGUGAUCCUAUUCAUUGUGCCCAUCCUAGUUCUUCACUAUUCAAGACACUUCAAAGAAUGAUUAAGAUGAGGAAGAGACGCCUUAAUUAGUUAAUUAAUUAACUGAUUCUUAUCACAUCCAUAUCUUUGUCAUAACAAGAUUGUUAGCUGGAGUUUAGGUAGUAUAGUUUCAGAAAUUUCGUUGGCUGUUCAUAAAGGUAGAAAAUAGGAAAGAGGAGAUAAACCGUUUAUGAAAUAAAAUUGAAGUGUUUCAUGGCAUUCACCACGUAGG